UUCUCUCUCAUUUCUCUCUCGAUUAUCUCUCGAUUUUCUCUCAUUUAGCUGACCAAAUGACUGAUUUUGUUUAACCGAUUCAAUUUGGUGGAAACAUUCAGGCGCUUUUAAAAGACUUAUUGGCUAUGCGAACCUUGUAAAAGAUGCUUUUUGCUACAGUUAUGCCUUCAAAGAAAAUCUUAAGAAGCCAUUAAAAUGAGUACGUGCAUUCACAGUCACUAAAGCAGCUUCUUGAAGCACGUGAGCAAUGACUGGUAUGGCGAAUCUUCCCAAAACGCUUUGAUAUUUUAAUAUACUGUGGAUGAUUAACAUCAUCAUCCGUCCGUUGGAUUAGUAUCCACCAUUUUCAAAGCGACCUUCAACCAGUUAGCGCUCUAAACAUUUGACCGAUUGAGAUUGAGGCUUAUCACAAGCGUGGCUCCAACCAAAACCAGUUUACCACGUGCCGGCAAUGGUUGGAUAUUUAAAUGAUCGCUGCGGCUCGUCCAUAACCAUUCGCGUUGUCUUGCGGGAAGAAUGUCCGGUGCGUUGAUCUUCUGCGUUCUGUUGCUCUUAUCGCCGUUGAUACACGGUGAAGAUAAGAUGAUCCCUUACGAAAGGUCCUCGAUCGAUGACUGUUCGACACGGUUUUAUAGAGAGAUUGUUUGGAGCCUAGCUCUACCUGUUGCCGGAUGGCCUGUGCGCUUGCGUGAAUUUGCCCACAUUGCGGCCAUUGGAUGGACGGCUGGUAGUAGCAGACGGUGGCUCUGUGCAGGAUCACUGAUCUGGGAAAACUUCAUCCUUACUGCGGCGCAUUGUGCAGCUGACGAGAACAAUAUUCCACCAGAUACCGCCCGGUUCGGGGACAUCAAUAUCAUCAGCGACGAUGACGACGACUUUGCCCAGGAGCUGAAGAUCAUCGACAUUAUCCGUCAUCCGAAGCAUCGGUUCAGCUCGAACUAUUACGAUAUUGCGCUGAUGAAGCUGGAGCGUAAUGUUGUGGUGACGGACACCGUUGCACCGACCUGCCUUUGGUUGGACGAUGAGGUACGCUUCCCAAAGCUUCUAGCUGCUGGAUGGGGUAGAACCGGAUAUGGCGAGGAACAAACGGACAUCCUGCUGAAGGUAGAACUUACCCCGGUAAGUAAAGAAAACUGCUCCGAUUACUAUGCUGGAGGCGAUCGUAAGUUACGGGACGGACUCGUGGAUCAUCAGCUGUGUGCAGGCGAUGAAAGGAUGGACACAUGUCCGGGAGACUCUGGUGGGCCACUGCACGUGAAGCUCUUCGAUGGCUGGAAACUGUUCCCGUUUCUAGUUGGGGUGACAUCGUUUGGCAAGGUGUGCGGUGUAUCCGUGCCGGGCGUAUACGUGAAGGUGUCCUCGUUCGGCGAUUGGAUCAUUGAAACGCUGCAGCGGCAGGGUGAGCACGUUACCCGCUUCCAUUUCGAGCCGGUGAUUUGUGCCAAGCGGUACGAUCGCUUUCGAGAGUACAAAGCAGAUGUUGUGCAAGUGCGUGACGGUACGGAAUCCAUCAACUGGUCUAACAUAUACGUUAGCCCAGUCGGCAGCCACUACAUCGUAAACUUUGGCUGGUCAAAUUCUACCGGGCCCGACCGUAGCAAGUGUUUCGGAACGUUGAUUGAACCGAACAUCGUGGUGACGUUGGCGGAAUGCGCAUUAAGUGGCGAAGCAUUGCCAACGCAAAUCAUUCUGAGCGAUUCGAACACCAUAGACAUCGCAGAAAUUGUCGUGCAUCCGCUGUACGAUGCUUCCUUCAAUCCGUACUACAACAACAUCGCUGUGGUGAAGCUGAAAACCGUCGCCUGGAUUGAACCGUUCUGUGUGUGGUACGGCGAAUCGAUUCAGGACCGAAAGUUAUUCGUUUCAGGAGAACACCUAACGCCGAAUGAAAACUCCACCGAACCUCAUCACAACACGUAUUUGGCACGCGUCUGGAAGCAAUCGCAGGACCAGUGCCCACUGGCUCGACGCUAUUCGGACAGUCUGCCGCAGGGUUUGCUGGACGAACACCUAUGCUACGGAAAUCAACCUUUCUUUGUGCCUGGCGCCUGCAAUUCAUUGCCGGGGAGCCCAAUCGAAAGGUUUGACAAUGAUUAUAUUUACAUCCAUGGCAUUCAGCUGUUCGGACGCGACUGUGGAUACGGUGAACCAGCCGUCGGUGUUCGGCUGAGUGCACAUAAAGCGUGGCUAGAGUCGGUGUUGCUACCGCGAUCGUCGCCGAGAAACGAAGGUUUGGUGUACAUUGAUUCUGAUUUAGAUGUGCAGGACGAAUGCAAGUAUGCAGAUGGAACAAAAGGAACGUGCACUCCGCAGCAAAAUUGUCCCGCUAUUCACGCACGACUGCAGAGUAAGGAACAGCUUCUGUUCUGUGGAAAUACGGCUGUAGUUUGCUGUCCCGAGAGAGCAACCAACCUGGAGACUAAGGUGAUAGAGGACGAGUUCAAUGAAUGUGAAGCGCGUUACAGACACCUCCGCACAGAGCGACAGACAAAUACAUCACACAUGGCGGAGAUAGGAUGGCAGGAAGCGGAGAGUGUUACGUACGACUGCUACGGAUACUUGAUCAGCACACGCGGCAUUGUAUCGUCCGCCUCAUGUCUACUGGGAAAAGCCAAGCUGCCCAAUAUCGUGCGAUUGGGAGGACUGGGAACCCGCGGCAGCUCGGAAAUAUUUCGUGUCGAGGAAUUCAUAUUCCAUCCAAAGUACAACAGAACCACUCAACAGCAUAAUAUCGCGAUAGUGAAGCUGGAAACAGCCGUUGAACCGUCGGAACAUGUUUUCCCCGGCUGUCUGUGGCAGAAUGUCACCCAUUCGCCAUUGGAACAGCUAGUGCUUGAUUACGCUGUUAGGCAAUAUGAUGCCAUUUUUCCAAUCUACAGAAGCGAUUGCGAGAUGAUUUUAAAUCGUUCGUUCGACAAUCCCGAAACAGUCUGUAUGAACCCUGGAUUGGAAAAGUAUAGAAGUAUUAGACACCACUUCGACCUGCAAUAUAACUUCUACAGGGAGACUUUGAUCCCCGAUCACUGUUACAGCGCUGGAAGUCCGAUCGUGUGGCGGCAUGUUAUCGAUGCUGGCGUUUACGUGGAAUAUCUGGUGCAUGUUUACAGCCACGGAAGCUGCGACUCCGUCACCCCACGUAUAGUGAACCGAAUCGCGGCAUACGUUGAUUGGUUCAAGUACGUGUUGCAAUAAAACCUACAACUUGGGAUCAAUUGGGAUUUACAUUUUUAAAACGGGACCGUUAAAGCCAGUUCGCUUACUACGCAGGAAGUGCUGAAAGCGCUGAAUGCAUACUUUUAGGCGCUCUGCCUGAAAUGCUCGCCGAGGCGAUUUUAAGCGCAAGAAAGCAUGCGAUUUAAUUCUAAUAAUAAUGUAACUUGUAAAGGAUUAGCCUGCAAAAGUACAGUGCAUGGAGAACAGACCAGCGAAACAUGAAAUUUCGAUAGGAAAAUAUAGAUCGAUUUUCCACACCAAAAAAAUUGCUCGGAAAGAACUGUGAUCAACAUGGGUGUGUGAUUUGAUUAUGUAAACCACAAGUAAAGUGCUUAAUGGCAUGUGUAAAUGCUUAACAACAUGUGAAA